UCCUCAAAAGGAAACUUGCAAAAACACUCAAAGGUCCACACAGGGGAAAGACCGUUCAAAUGUUCCGUCUGUGGUACAGCUCUUAAAAGGAAAAAUUCACUAAUUGAACACGCAAGGAUCCACACUGGGGAGAAGCCGUUCAGCUGCUCCGUCUGCGGCCGAAGCUUUAGUUUCAGCUCAUAUCUAAAAGUUCACAUGAAGUGUCACUCUGAAGAAAAACCUUACAGUUGUUCUCUUUGUGCAGCUAGUUUCAAAAGGAAAAAUACUUUAUUGGCACAUGUAAAAACCCAUACCGGAGAGAAGGCUUACAGUUGCUCAGUAUGCGGAAAAAUGUUCAAGUGGAAAGAAAGCGUAAUCCGACAUAUGAGAUCUCACACAAAAGAGAAACCAUUCAGCUGCGCCAUCUGUCAAAGGAACUUUCCAUCCAGGAGAACCUUGAAAGAACAUGCUAAGAUCCACUCAGAGAACAGACCUUUCAAAUGCUCUGUCUGUGAUGCUGCUUUUAAAAAAAAGAGAACGUUGUCAGAACAUGUAAAAAUCCACACGGGAAAAAAACCUUGCAGCUGUCGGGUCUGCGGCCAAAGCCUCAGUUCCAAGUCAUAUCUAACUGUUCACAUGAGAAAUCACACAGGAGAAAAACCUUACAGCUGUUCAGUCUGCAAGGCCACUUUCAAAUGGAAAAAAACCUUUUUAAAACACUCAAAAAUUCAUGCAGCUCAAUAAUGAAGUCCGUGAGAAUGGAAGUGUUCAUGUUGGCAUCUUCAAUACAUCAAAAUACUUGAAAGGUUAUUUCCAUAUACCCUAAUUUUCCCUCAGAAAUGAUCAUGUGAAGAGUUUUGAACUGCCUUGUUGCUGAAAUGUGAUGUACAAAUAAACUUGACUUGUUUUAAAAUUGGUGUUUUACCAAGACAACGAUCCCAAACACCUCUGUAGCUGAGCAGCAUCUUGGUUUCAGAGCAUCAAGGUUAAUGUUACAGAUUCUAGAGGUUCAUCAACUUCAUGUUUUACAGGUUUAAAUCAGUGUUCAAUGUUUUAUAUUACUUUAAAUGCCUUUAUUGAAAGCAAAGCGGAGCCAAAGUCAGUCUUUGGUUUGUGUUGUUAAAUAUUGUUGAUUCUGAUUGAGAUGUAACUAAAUAUUUGUUUGCUUUAUCGCGGGAAGCUAAAUGUUGAAAUAUUUUCCAGAUUUUUAAUAAAUGUUAGAUGAAUGUCAGAAUAUGCAUCACUUACAGAGUGAGAUGUUUUCAUAUUUUGGUUUAGCAUUGACUGUGCAGUUUUCCCAGUGGUUGUUGAAACAACAUAAAAUAAAUGCAAAUGAAAGAUAUAAGAAUCACUUUCUAAAAGACAGCUGUUAUGAUUUUAAUGAGUUUCUUACUUCCUGCCAUUUUCAUAUUUGGCUUUGACUUGAUUAUAAUGACACUAUUAUAAAUGUCUACUGCUUAUCCAAUUUGCUUGAUUAAGUUUUUUGUCAUCUACAGAAAUAAUGAUUUG